GGUGCGGGUGUUCUUGAGGCAGGGGGGCAUCGGCGGCGGCGGCCAUGGCGAAGGAGACCGAGUUCUACGACGUGCUCGGCGUCUGCCCCGCCGCUUCCGACGACGACAUCCGCAAGGCCUACUACAUCAAGGCGAGGCAGGUGCAUCCUGACAAGAACCCCAAUGAUCCGCAAGCGGCCGAGAAAUUCCAGGCCCUUGGGGAGGCCUACCAGGUGCUGAGUGACCCUCUUCAGAGGAAGGCCUACGAUGGCUAUGGCAAGACCAGCAUUUCCAGGGAGAACAUGCUGGAUGGCACUGUGGUGUUCGCCCUUCUUUUCGGGAGUGAGCUGUUCGAGGACUACAUUGGCCACCUCGCAAUGGCAACAAUGGCUUCCUCCGAGAUGACGAGCGACAAUGACAACCCUGAAAAGCUUCAGGACAGGCUCAAGGGUGUGCAAAGGGAAAGAGAAGAAAAGCUGGCUAGAUUCCUCAAGGAGUUCCUCUCGCAGUACGUUCGUGGUGACAAGGAAGGAUUUGCUAACCGUGCCGAGUCCGAGGCAAAGAGGCUGUCCAAUACUUCAUCAGGACUAGACAUUCUUCGCACCAUCGGAUAUGUGUACUCCCGGCAAGCUGCAAAGGAGCUUGGCAAGAAGGCCAUGUACCUAGGAGUCCCAUUCCUGGCAGAGUGGGUGAGGAACAAGGGUCACCUAUGGAGGUCACAGAUCACCGCGGCGAAAGGAGCUUUGCAGUUGCUGCAGCUGCAAGAGGAGGCCUGCCGGCAGGGUGGUAAGGACGGCUUGGCCACCGAGAGGGAUGUCGACUUGCAGAUGAGGAUGAACAAAGACCUGAUGAUGAGCUCACUGUGGAAGCUGAAUAUUGUGGAUAUUGAAGUGACCCUUCUACAUGUUUGUGAAAUGGUGCUGCAUGAAAACAAUGUCAAGAAAGAGGACCUCAAAGCUCGUGCAAUGGCACUGAAAAUUCUUGGAAAGAUAUUCCAGCGGGAAAAGGAGGCAUUGCCAGGACCUUCAAAACCGACCAUUCUUGACGAUGACAGUAGCUCUGAUGAAAGUUCAGAUGAUGAUGUGGCUCGGACAGUGCCUUAUCGGACUCCUGCAGUUACUCAGGGAAUUGGCAGGUUAUUCAGAUGCUUAUGCAACCCAGCAUAUGAUGUUGACGAUGACUUUGAACCACGCAAAUGAGUGGUGAAGUAACAGGGACGUAAAAACUAUUUCAGAGAUCCCUGAAUCUUCCCCGAACAGUUGGGAUCAUGCAUCACCAUAAUUUGUCUGAAGGAUGCAUUGUAGAUUUUACUGCAGCACUGGUGAUCAGACCAACAGCUCAAAAUCGUUCUCUUUUUUUUUCCUGUCCCAUGAACAGUAGAUUCUUGGUUUUUGGUAUAGAUUUCUAUCGAAUUGUGUGGUGUUUAUGUAAUUGUUUGGUUUUGGAGUUGUCAAAGAGAAAGAAAGGAAGAAACAAGCAGGUGUAAUUGGAAGUUCCAUUCCUCUGAUUUGAAAACCAUGUUGUAAAACUCUGACAUGAAGAAAAUCAACUUUUGAUCC